UUCAGUUUCGAUUCUGGGUUGCUCUGAUUUGUGUCUACAAAUCGAAAUUUAGUAUGAAAAAGUGAAUAUUUCAAUUAAUGGAGGAUUUAUCAUUGGAAAAAGAGUGGUCUUUUGAUGUGGCUAGUUGGCUAAUGGAUCAUUUUCUUGUUUACUGGCGUAAUUUUCCUUCUUGAUGUGUAUUAAAUAUCUUUCUAUCAUAUGGUAUAAUACUGGAGUGGGUGAAAAAUGAAUCGACUAUAUUCAGUUUUUUCAAGUUGAGUAAAACAAAUCAUGAGCUGCUUCAGCUGUUGCUCCGAGGAUGAUAUGCAAAAGGCUUCUGAUAAUGGACCAUUCAUGGCAAAUAGCUCUGCAGGUAAUUAUGGAGGUUAUCGUGCCACGGAUGCUGCACCGAAGGUAACACAAACUGUAAGUUUCCAGCCUAUUGUUAUCCCUGCUAUUCCAGUGGAUGAGUUGAAGGAGAUUACGGAUAACUUUGGCACAAAAGCUUUGAUUGGUGAAGGCUCGUAUGGAAGAGUAUAUCAUGGUGUCCUGAAAAGUGGGCAGGCUGCAGCCAUUAAAAAGUUAGACUCCAGUAAGCAACCUGACCAAGAAUUUUUAGCACAGGUUUCUAUGGUAUCAAGACUAAAACAUGAAAAUGUUGUUGAGCUACUUGGUUAUUGUGUGGAUGGAGGUCUACGUAUCCUUGCCUAUGAAUUUGCUUUGAAUGGAUCACUUCAUGAUAUUCUCCACGGACGCAAAGGUGUCAAAGGAGCACAGCCAGGUCCAGUUCUGUCAUGGGCUCAAAGAGUUAAAAUUGCUGUUGGGGCUGCAAGAGGACUUGAGUACUUACAUGAAAAGGCACAGCCGCAUAUAAUCCACCGUGACAUCAAGUCUAGCAAUGUUUUACUUUUCGAUGACGAUGUUGCUAAGAUUGCAGAUUUUGAUUUGUCAAAUCAAGCCCCUGAUAAUGCAGCACGCUUACAUUCUACUCGUGUUCUUGGAACCUUCGGUUAUCAUGCACCAGAGUAAGCUCUUCUUUUUAUUCUUGGAAAUGGAUACUUGCUCAAAACUCAAAUUCUUUGCCAACCACAGACCAGAUACUUAUAAGAAGAAAUGUUGAGGCAUCAUUUGAUAUUGCACUGCUAGGAUAGUCUCACUCAAAUUGUAGUCACUCUCUUCCAGGCGUUUUUUUCAUUUACUCGAUAUCUAAAGUAUACACAAAGAACCUACCAUGUCGAAUCUUCCUUAAGUCAAAAAAAAAAGAAAAGAAAGGAGGGAAAGCGUCUUAUUCUUUUUGUAUGCCUCAUGGGAUGAGGCGAAAAAUGACUAAAAGGAAAGGAUCUACUGUUCCUACUAAGUACUUGUGUUUUUCCCAACAUCUGAGUAUAGAAUUCUAUGUCUCUUAAUUGACAAUCUUCAUGAUGCUGCCAUUUUUAAACCCAGAAUUGUUCUGUGAACUGCUUUCUGCUCGUCCAUCUAUAUUUUACUUGGCAUAUUUCCACAAUAUUUGCACUUCACUGGUCAGAGUUUCCUUGUUUCGGGUGGCAGAUAUGCAAUGACUGGGCAGCUGAGUUCAAAGAGUGACGUUUAUAGUUUUGGUGUAGUCCUCCU